AUUAUUUUGCAAAAUUUACAGCCCUUGAUGGCCUUGGAUGAUUUAGCCGGCCGGCCAGCAAAUUUGAUUCGUGAGAUUUGAGAGUCACACGACCGUCGCGACCUUCGACCUUCACUUCUUGCGACAUUCCGACAUUUCCUACAUUGACUGUCUGACAACUCUGAACUCUGACAUGCCGGGUUCAUCCUUAUUUUCCAACGACUUGCUGUUGCUGUGAACUGCACGCAUCAACAGAGCACUUUACGGAUUUUUUAAACAGUGUUUGUGCAAGAUAAAGCAGAAUAGAAAAGGAUGGAUUUUACGGAUUUUAGUCAGUCAGGGCAAAACAAAAUUUACAGUUUCUCUGCGCAGGACCUUCAGGAACUAGAAAGAUCAUCACAAAGCGUUGAAUGGUUUCCUCGCAAAAGGUCGACUUCACCUGCAAUCUCGGAAGCCUCGUCUGCUGACGUUUGGUGCCAGGAUUACCCACCAAAGGGAGCCAAAGGGAAAAAUUCACACUUUUGGAGGGAAAGCAGGCCUACCGAAAUCGAUUCGGAUGAAAGUUCGGAAGAUGAAAAUACGAACCUCUGCUCUGUCACCAAAUACCGCAGAGGACGAGCAGCACUCCAGCAAAUGGAAGAGUUUUACUUUUUCACCUACGAAAGGGCCACCACAAAUCCCAAAGUAAAACUGAAAUGGAAUUUCGAAAGGCUUGACUGGUUUGGCCUCACUGAUGGCAAUUACUGUGGAAAGCAGGUUGCUCUCAAAUAUCUCCACUUGCCUCAAGAUCUUGCGAACACCAACCUCAAUCUCGAAAUUGUUCGAAGUGACGAUCUGCUGAGAUUGCCAAUUGAUUUCAAUGAAAACAUCAAUGAAAUCUUGAUGCACAUCAUGGACAGUUUCUACAAACCCAGCUUGUUUCAUAUGGCCUACCCAAUCAUCAACUUUGUGUGCUCUCGACUGGAAAUGUACUACAUUCUGGGCAUGGCGUAUUUGCAUGACAAGGCCUUUGAUUUGUUCUUCAGUUCUGGCAUCACUUUUUCUGCGGUCCGACGAGGAGGACUCAUUUACUUGGCAUCGUUCAACACCGAUGAAGUCAGGAGGCAAAAAGGAAUGGAGCAGCCAAUUAUUGGUCAGAACUUUAACAAUGUCAACACAGCCGGACUUAUGUUCCACAAACACCUGCUCUCAGAAUCACCUGAUGUGCUACCAGAUUUGGAGUCACCGUAUGUGAGGAAGGAUUCCGAGCUCUUCAGUGUUGACCAAGUGAUGUUAGGGGACCAUACCCUGCUUGUCCAAAAUAAAUUUAAAGCCAUUCGAUCUGACCAAGAUAAACAAGAAUUUGGUAAAUUUGCAAUGUUCGAGCUCAAGACGGCUUCAAAACCCUAUGUAUUGAGAACUUUGUUCCCAAAGUGGCUUCGGUGCUUGGCCGGAAACAUGAGCAACAUGAUCAUUGGAAUUCGGGACAGAUACUCAAGAAAAAUUGUGGAGAUUGAUGAUAUCUCGCAAGAGGAUUUGCUUAAGAAGUGCCAGGAACUUUUCCUCAAGUCUCAUCCAUACAGCUCGACUCCUGAACCAAGGUUGGAAGUUUGUCUGCAAACUGGCUCAGAUUUCCUCAACUACGUCCAGAAGGUCAUCACAGAGGAUACACCGAGAGACACAGUUUAUACGUUCGAGUUUUCUCCAGUCCGCAAGGGCAAAGCUGCAAACGCGUGGGCAAACGAAACAUUAAACAUUAUCAGUUCAUGAGUGACGACUUCUUUGGGUGGUUGAAAAGGUAAUUGAUUUUGAGCCUAAGUUUUCACACAUUGGAGAAUUUUGAGUUCAAUUUGACCUUCCUGUAAUAUGUUUAUUUAACUAAUGAAAUUACGAAGCCCUUCGGCGCAAUUAUAUAUAUUUAUUCAAUUUGCAAAUAUCUGUCUGAAAUCAGCGAUUAUUAUAAUACAAGAUGUUUUGACAACUAAAUAUAUCUCUCCUUUUAUUAUUCGGAAAGAAACGAUAUUUAAUUGGCCAACUAUAUGAGUUACAAA